AUGAGCAUAAUCACCCAGUCUUUCACGAACCUUGAAACCAAAGCCGGAAGCGAUGCCGAAUCCGACAAAGUGCAGGAAGACAAUGAGGUUUUCAAUUCUUGGUCAGGCAAAAAAGGCCGGAAGAAGUCAAAGUGGGAGAUACCUACAUCCCCAACUGUAUACCCCUAUGAGCAACUCUGGAAAAGUUUCAGGGCUCGGUCGUUCAGUGGUGCGGAAGCUUCGGUCUCAUCUCACCCAUGCAUUCUAUUCCAUGCAAAGUUAUACGUGUUUGCAACAACAUAUCUCAUUGAACCAUUGCGGAUCCAAUGUCUAGAAAGUCUUCACCGAGAUCUCUGUGGCUUCUCGCUGAACAGAGAAACAACGCCUCUGAUUCUCGACUUGCUUGACUUCACUCACGCGCAUACUGGCAGAUAUGAGCCAGGCGGAACAUCCCUUCUCCGAAACUUGGUAAUUCAUUACGUUGCUUGUAAGGUUCGGAGGCUUUUGGAUGAUGAUAGGCUUCAAAUGCUUUUGGAUGCAGACGGGGAGAUGGGUUCAGAUCUAGUGUGGAGGCUUGCUAAGUAA